GCAGCGCGCCCGGCGGAUUACCUGGUCACGAGUCGCCAGGCGCAGAAACACGCGGUGAAGAUGUACAGCAUGAUGGAACACGAGCUGAAGCCCACCGGCCAGCCCCCGUCGCACCAGACCUCCCAGGGCAUGUCCCCGGUCACCGGCAGCAUGACGGCGAACAUGGUAGGCAACGGCAACUCGCACCCGACCUCCAAGACCGCGUGUCCGCCCGGGGGCGACCCCAUGGACAAAGUCAAGAGACCCAUGAACGCCUUCAUGGUGUGGUCGCGCGGCCAGAGGCGCAAGAUGGCCCAGGAGAACCCCAAAAUGCACAACUCGGAGAUCAGCAAGCGGCUGGGCGCCGAGUGGAAGCUGCUCACCGACGCCGAGAAGCGGCCCUUUAUCGACGAGGCCAAGCGGCUCCGGGCCGUGCACAUGAAGGAGUACCCGGACUACAAGUACAAGCCGCGCCGCAAGACCAAGCCCCUGCUGAAGAAGGACGCGCAGGUGAACAAGUACCCGCUGUCCGCCGGGAACCUGCUGGCGGCGGCGCAGGGGCAGAGCGCCAGUCCCAGGAUGGACAGCUACAGCUGGGGCCCCGCUGGGGGGUACGCCGCCAUGCAGGGCGAGGCCCUCGGCUACACGCAGCAGAUCCACCGCUACGACCUGUCAGCCCUCCAAUACCCCCCUGCGAUGACGGCCGCGCAGACCUACAUGAACGGAGCGAACUCCUACAGCCCCAUGUCUUACAGCAGCAGCCCGCAGCAGCCCAGUCCCGUCACCAUGUCCAUGGUCAAGCCGGAGCCCGUGUCCCACUCGCCUCCAAACGGGACCCCCAACCACCACCGGGGGCCUCUCCAGGGUGACCUCAGGGACAUGAUCAGCAUGUACAUCCCAGGAGACACCAGCGACCCCACAGCGGCGCAGAGAGGCUACACCAGUGUCCAGCAGCACUACCUCAGCGGAACAGUCCCCCUGACACACAUCUGA